GGACAUUUGGGCCGUGCCUGUGCGAGUUGAUUGGUUGCAGCAGAAUGUGGGAGGAGCGUGGCGCAGGGUGUGGCGGAGAGUUGAAGUGAACUGAGGGCUGGAUUUUGUCUGGAGGCACAAGCUGCUGUUGGUACAGUCCGACUAAGGGAAGGAUUUCUUCUGCAACUUCGUUUUCCCACAGAGUCCGCCUCCUCCUCCCCCGAGUGAUCAGUAUGUUCCUCAGCCUCGGGCUCCUGCUCUGUCUCCUCUCCCUCGCUCCGCACAUCACAGGUCAAGAUGACUUUGAUCUAGGUCAAGCCUUCGGAGAAGAUGUUGAUGUAACUACAAAAACACCUGCUGCUCCCAACAAGCCAGUGGAUGAUAAAGGCCCUGAAACUCCUAAGCCUCAGCCUGGUGGUGGUGGUGGAGGAGGAGGAGCAGGUGGUGGUGGUCAAGAUGACUUUGAUCUAGGUCAAGCCUUCGGAGAAGAUGUUGAUGUAACUACAAAAACACCUGCUGCUCCCAACAAGCCAGUGGAUGGGGGACAUAUCAGUGAUGGUGAUCUUUUUAAUGGCCAACCUUUACCUGAUGACCCCAAAGACCGUGAAUAUCAACCGUCCACUGACACAGAAGAACACCAAGAAGGAGAACAAAAAACCAACAUGAUUGCUGGAAUAGUGGGCGCAGUUGGUGCAGCUGCUGUCGGGGCAGUAUCAAGCUUUAUAGCUUACCAGAAGAAGAAACUGUGUUUUAAAGAAUCAAGCGGUGACCCAGAAAAUGUAAACAUGGAAAGUUAUAAAGGGGACCAAGCAGAGCCACAAGUUCAAACCUCCCUUCUUGCCAAAUAAUCUUGGGAAUGAAGACAUCCAGCGAAUUCUACAACACGCAACAUACUAGGGUCGAAUUAUGGAGAAGCAACAUCAGCCAUUUACAAUUUUCCUAAAACCCCUAGUAGUAGGAGAACAAUAAAGUGCUCCAUUACAUAAGAUUUAAGUAAUUGAAAACGGAAAAUAAUGUGUUGUUCUAGGUGUAGGUAUACUUAAGUUUUGCUUUGGGAAUUUUUUUUUAUUCUUUAAUAUUAGAUACACACAUUUUUCUCUCUUACUAUAUUUGGAGUUUUAGCUAUACUGCCAUCCAGCCUAUUAUUCAUGAUGUAAUAAGAUAAAAGUAGAAAGUCAUGUUCCACUGAAUGUACAUACAUGUGUAUUCUGGGAAAUAUUAUUGAAUAGUGUUUUUAAGCUUUAUUCCAUUUUCCGUUCUAAAUUAAUAUCAGUUUUUUUUUUAAUUAAAAAAAAAGGUCAAAAAAUGUCUUAAAUUAGAGAUGUUUGUAUCAUAUCUACUGGUAUGACUUGAAUGUAAAUACCACAAUGCCUUAAUCAUUGAUGUCUAUUCAGCAUAUCACACGACGCACGUCUGUUAAUUCCUGUGUUUAAGCUUCAUUAGCUAUGUAUUCCCCAAAAUUAACAAGAGCCUUAAUAAAAUUGUUAAAUUAGGGUUAACACAA